AUGAAUCUAGAGCAGCUAAGUUUCUAUUUCGACUUUGUCAAAGUCAUCGUGUCGCAUCUUGCCAUGAUGGCAGUGCAGAAAGGGCAGUCGAUUAUUCAUAGGGCUACGUAUCGACUGUUACCUGACUCACGUGUCGUCGUCGUCGUCGGAGGUUCUUUUGCGGGGAGUCUUGUUGCCCAGCGCCUGGCUCACACGCUGCCCUCCGGUUAUCGGGUCACUCUCAUUGAAAAGCACUCUCACUUCAACUACGCGUUCAGCUUCCCUCGAAACUCCGUCUUGUCAGGACGAGAGCAUAAUGCCUUCAUUACGUACGACAACAUCGCUGCAGGUGCUCCGGAUGGCAUCUUCCAGCGAGUCUGCGACGAAGCAACUGAUAUCACGGAGACCCAUGUUCACACCGUCGGUGGUGUCUCCCUUCCUUACGAUUACCUCGUCAUCGCCACUGGCGCAGCCCAGCCUCCUCCAGCUCGAUUGAAUGCACGGAUCAAAGAAGACGCGAUUGAAGAGCUACGAGGGUUCCAGCAACGCGUCGCCAAGGCCGACAGAAUCGCGGUCAUCGGCGCUGGAGCGGUUGGUGUUGAACUGGCUGCCGAAAUCAAAGAAGAGUACCCCAACAAAAAGGUUACCCUCAUUCAUUCCAGACAACAACUUCUACCAAGGUUUGGUCGGAAGCUCCAUGAUCAUGUCAUAUCUGCACUUAAGAAUCAAGAUAUCGAGGUCAGAUUAGGCGAGAGACCUGACUUCCCAAGUGAUGCUGGCCAAUCUGUCCAGGAGACCAGUCUCACCUUUUCCAACGGAGAGACCAAGACCUUUGACCUCGUGGUACGUCAACAGACGGACAUUGAAGCUAUAAAGUUAACACGAUUUCAGAUUCCCUGCACCGGCCUUCGCUCACGAUCUGACAUCCUCGCCGCAUAUUCUCCCAAGAGCAUUGCAUCAAAUGGCGAGAUCUUAGUCAAACCAACACUCCAAGUCGAGAACCUGCCCUCGCCCCAACAACACAUCUUUGCAGUCGGCGAUGUUGCCCAGACUGGAGGCGCAAAGCAAGCUCGGGCUUGUAUGAUGCAAGGCGAGGUUGCAGUCCAAAACAUACUCAGCCUUAUCAAGAGGAACAGUGCCACCAAAGAAUACAAGCCACAAUUCUUUGAAGGCAUGCUAAACUUGACAUUGGGGACGCAUAGCGCUGUCGUGCAUAUCCAGAAAGGAGAUUACGAGCUGCUUAAGGCAACUAAGGGACCAGACGCGGAUUUGGAUGUAGGAAAGAUGAGAUGGCAGCUCAAUGCAAAGUCGGGAUGA